CUCCUCACCCCCAAAUCCCACCAUGGCCCCAACCCUCGGGUCUUCCCUGCAAGCCCAAGGCCUCGCAGACGAACAAAGGGGCCUGCUCGACCUCAUCGACAAGCUCCAGUUCGCCCAGCUAGACAAUGUCAAGCUACCUCAAAUCGUCGUCGUGGGCGACCAGUCCGCCGGCAAAAGCUCCGUCCUCGAAGCCCUCAGCGGCACGCCCUUCCCCCGAGACGCCGGAGCAUGCACACGCUUCGCAACAGAGAUUCGCUUGAGAAGAUCCAAGGAGACAAAUCUCAGCGUGUCCAUCAUUCCGGACAAGAAUCGUCCGUACAAUGAGCAGGCCCGCUUGCUGCAGUUUGGGGGCGACGUCGGCAUCGACACGUCCUUUGACGGCUUGAUGCGCGAGGCCACGGAGCUCAUUGCGCCGCGCAGCAUCCCCGGUCGAUUUGCCGCACGCGACAUUCUCGUCGUGGAGAAGUCUGGGCCGGAAAUGCCCAUGCUGAGUCUCGUUGACCUGCCGGGCCUUGUUCGCGUGGCGAACCGGGAUCAGUCCGAGGCGGACAUCCAGACCAUUGAGAUGCUCUCUGAUCGAUACAUGAAGAGCAGCCGGACAAUCAUACUGGCCGUCAUUGGCGGCAACAACGACUAUGUGCAGGCGCCCAUUUUGAAAAAAGCACGCCACUUUGACCCUUCCGGGUCGCGCACAAUCGGCGUCUUGACGAAGCCGGACAUGACGGAGGGCAUCGGCCUCGAAGACAAAUUCAUCGGGCUCGUGACGAACAGGGACCCCGAAAACAACUUCAAGCUCGGCUGGUAUGUCUUGCUCAACCCCGGACCAGGCGACUACUGGUCGUCUGCCGAGGAGCGAUCACGACGGGAAGCCGACUUCUUCACAAGGGGCAAAUGGGCCGCUCUGCCACCUCACAUGUGGGGGGUUGAGGCCCUGCGGCAGAAGCUCAGCUCGCAGCUUCAGCGACAUGUCGGAAAGCACGUCAAGUCUCUCCGGAGACAGAUCCAACAGGCCCUCGAGCAGUGCGAAGCCGAGCUCAAGGCCAUGGGAUCGGGAAAGGACACCAUUGAGGAGAUGCGCUUCGAAAUGGGCGAGCUCUUCUCGGCAUCAGGCAACCUCGUCACGCCUGCUGUCAACGGCAACUACAAAAACCCGGUAGGGGAGUCCUUCUUCUCAAGACGAUCCAGCCCCAAGGGAACACCGGCGCAAAAGUUGCGGGCCCGUGUCCGCGAAGAGAGUGAACGGUUCUCGCGCCUCUUCCGCCAGCACGGCAGCAAAGUCAACUUUGCUCCCUCUUCCGGCUCUGGUGUGAACCUGCCGGCGGCGGGAGUCGUAGGAGACCAGGCAAAGAAGGAGUUUGCGCAGAGAGAAGUCGAGCCGCUGCUUCGACAAAUUCGCGGAAACGAGCUUCCCCUCGACUCCAACCCCCGGGCUCCCUAUAUCUUGUUCCAAGACUUUUCCCGGAACUGGCCGGUCCUGGCUCAAGAGUACAAGGACAACGUCGGAGUCAUUUGCAACGAGUUCCUCGCUGACGUGAUUGACCAUGUGUGGCCACUCAGGAUGAGAGAUGCCCUGAGAUUCCACUUCUUGGAGAGAAAGAUGAAGGAGAUGAUGGACGAGGCCGAGAAGGAGCUCAAGAGACUGACCGACGACUUGGAGCUGGAGCUGCAGCCAUAUGAUCCGGAGUACGAACAGCGUCUCAUCAAGUGGCGCGCGGAAGCCACUGAGAAUGGCGGUAGCUACACCGAGGCGGAAGAAGUGCUCGAGAAGAUGCUCAUCUACUACGACCUGACGGCGCGGAUAUUCACGCGCAACGCAAUCACCCAGGUCGUCGAGCGACAUCUGCUUCUGCGGAUGCUCGGCCUCUUCAACCCCGUUGAGAUUCUGCGCAUGCCGGAUUCCACGAUUGAGGCCAUUGCCGCCGAGAACAAGGAGACGCGGGAUCGCCGCACUGCCUUGAAGGCAAGGAAAGCCGCCAUCGAGGACGCACGGAGCAUCUGUGCCAGUCUGGCAAUGCGGAGCGAGCUGCGGGCGUAUGAAGACGAGAUGGAGGACCAGGUCGACACGGACGAUGAGGGUCAGUCGCAGAACGACUACGGCUCCAAGCGCUUCUCUGCGUCUUCAAAUCUUGAGAAUGUUCAACCACCUUCAACAUCUCAGAAUUCGGCAGUGCGUCGCAAGAGACGGGAGGAGCGGCCUCGCCAGUCCAUCAGCAUAGAGACGCAGCAGAGCCAGCAGAGCGUCCAGACCAAUGGUGCAUCUGCUCCUGAGUGGGACGAGUCGUACUAUACGACAGCCCAGCCGGCACCUCACCAUGCGCCGCCUCCUCCUCCACCUCGACCGCAGAAAGUAGGGUUCGAGGACGGCGAGAGGUAUGAUGCCACUCCGAGAGUCGAUUCGGCCAGCCGGGCGAAAGAGAGCGCGAGGCACAAGCUGGCUUCGUUGAUGAGGAAUGGCGUGCAGAAUUAG